AUGGUAGCAACAGCACGAGCAGCAGCAAGUGCAGCACCAGCAGGAGCAGCAGCAACGGCAUCAUCGCCGUCAGCAGCAACAGCAGCAACGGUAGCAUCGGCAGCAGCAGCAGCACCAACGGCGGCUGCGGCGUUUGUCUUUAUCCCCCUACUUGUGGCAGCAGGUGCUGCUGCCUGCUGCUACGGGAGCAGCAGCAACGGUACCAUCGACGUCAGCAGCAACAGCAGCAACGGUAGCAUCGGCAGCAGCAGCAGCACCAACGGUAGCAUCAGCACCAGCAGCAGCAGCAGCAGCAGCAGCAGCAGCAGCGGAUUGGAGGAGAUGAUAGGACCGCAGUGUUUGCUGCUGCAGCAUUUGAGCGAUUCGCUGCUGCUGUCGGUGCUGCUGCUGCUGCCGCCGCUGGAGCUGGUUGUCUCGCUGCCGCUCGUGUGCAGGCGGCUGCGGCGUUUGUCUUUAUCCCCCUACUUGUGGCAGCAGGUGCUGCUGCCUGCUGCUACAGCACGACGCAGCAGCAGCAGCUGCAGCAGCAGCAGCAGCAGCAGCAGCAGCAGUGGUACACGAGACGCGUUCAUAGCGCAGCGCAAAGAGGAGGCGCAGAGGAAGAAACUCAGAUCCCAGCUGCUGCUGCAGCAACAGAAUCAGCUUCUGUUGCUGCAGCAGCAGCAGGAGCAGCAGCACCAGUGGUUCGGCUCGUCCAAAAGGCGCAGACAUGACAGCAGCAGCAGCAGCAGCAGCAGCAGCGAGAUCGACGAGGCGCUCCUCCAGUUCGCAGAAAUUGGUACACGAGACGCGUUCAUAGCGCAGCGCAAGGAGGAGGCACAGAGGAAGAAACUCAGAUCCCAGCUGCUGCUGCAGCAACAGAAUCAGCUUCUGCUGCUGCAGCAGCAGCAGGAGCAGCAGCACCAGUGGUUCGGCUCGUCCAAAAGGCGCAGGCAUGACAGCAGCAGCAGCAGCAGCAGCAGCAGCGAGAUCGACGAGGCGCUCCUCCAGUUCGCAGAAAUGCAAGCCGCGAUGCAGCUGCAGCAGCAGCAGCAACAGCAGCAGCAACAGCAGCAGCAGCAGCGGCAGCGGCGUGAGGAAGCACAGCCCCCUCUGCAGCGCCAGCAGACCGAACAGGAGGCUGCUGCUGCUGCAGCAACAGCAGCAGCAGCACCAGCUGCAGCAGCAGCAGCAGCUGCUGCUGCAAGCUCCCCCCCUGCCGUUGCGGACUCAGCAGCAGGUGGAGGGGACCAUCCCGCAUCGUCUUCAUCGCCAUCGCAAGGAGCAGCAGCAGCAGCAGCAGCAGCAGCAGAAGGAGCAGCAGCAGCAGCAGCAGCAGCAGCAGGACACGUGUGCUCUGGGAGCCGCUGCAGCAUAAAGGCCUUGGGGGGGGAGAUGUACCGCUGCAGCGAGAGCGGUUUGCUGCACUGCUGCGGCUCGCGCUGUCUGCGGAUGGAAGCAGCAGGAGAGGUGGGGUUUGUUGUGUGCCCUGUCUCGGGUAUUAUGACGGACAUUGCUGGCUGCUAUGCUGCUGCUGCUGCUGCUGCUGCUGCUGCUGCUGCUGAGCAAAAAAACCUACUCAACAACGCAACACAUACACACACAGGAGGAACUGAUGCUGCUGCUGCCGCUGCUGCUGCUGCUGCUGCUGAGCGCCGCUUGAGGGGAGCCGCGUUGCUGCACGAACUGGCUGGCUUGCUGCAGCAGCAGCAAGCAGAAGCAGCAGCAGCAGCAACAGACGAUGAUGAGCCGCUUGAUGCUUUCUCUGAAGCAGCAGCAGCAGCAGCAGCACCGCGAUGGAGAUGCGGGGACCUCAAAGCCAAACGCAGAACGCCCAAAAAAAGGGGAUGCACAAGGCGCAGCUAA